CUGCGGGGUAACCACAAACGACUUCCAAUUGGGUGAUUUUGCGGCUAAUCGUUUGGAGAGCAUAUCAGAAACCCUCCCAUGGUUGAACAAACUGUUAUCGAUGAUGUCUAUGUAGUUGCUGGUGGUUUCGAUAAGCAUCGGUAACUCAAGAGCCUUUUUUCGGCAGUCUCAGACGCGGUAUCUGCUUAAAGAAAGACGCUCUUGUCACUAGAACGAGAACUAUCCGAAGAGCUCAUCAACCUCGUGAACUUAAGAGUAGUCAGAUUAUUCUUCAACAUGGCUCAAGCUACACAAAGUCUCCCACCGCUUGGUUUCAUUGCCAUAGAGGUGGAUAUACACCGACCACCAGGUGAUCCUUACAAUGAGCGCACCUGGCCGUUUCCUCUCAUCCGUGAAAUGGCAGAAGGGUCAAAAGUUUCGCAAGUCGUCACGUCUUCUAGCUAUGACUCUACUUUCAUAGACCGUUUUGUGGAUGCGGGCCUGCGUCUAGCGGCCAAAGGUUGCGUGGGCAUCAUCACUAGUUGCGGGUUCCUGGCACUAGCCCAAGCCGAACUUACCGCAAGAUUACCCGUCCCGAUCGCCACGUCAUCGCUGGCCCAAUUACCCUCAAUACUUCCUCUGCUUCCGCCAGGCAAGAGCGUGGGAGUUCUCACUUAUGAUGAGUUAAAACUAGGCUCUCAGCACAUCGCAAGCUUUGUACCCGAGCAGGCGCUUUCCAAAAUCAUAAUCCGCGGAGUGCCGGCGGACGGGCACUUGAGAGGCACGAUUGGGAAAGGCGCCCCGUACGUCCACGCAGAUAUUGAGACAGAGCUCGUCGCUGUUGCAAGAGACUUCGUAGCCAGUCGGUCUGAUAUCAGGAUCCUGGUACUGGAAUGCACCAAUAUGCCCCCGUUCUCGGAGGCAAUAUUUAGAGCAUUAGAUGGAAAGAUUCCUGUCUAUGAUGUGUACACUAUGGGUCAGUGGUUUUACUCCGGUUUAGUAAGGCCAACGCCGGUCUACUGGCAUGGGUAG